GACGAAAGAGACGUCUCUGUUUCCCAGACUAAGAGCAGUGAGCAUUCGUCUUGUUCCGCAAACGUAUACUAGAGUCCAAAGAAAAGAAAUGCCCGGCAGAGUCGUGCCGCUCUCUCUGUUGGCUGUCGUCUGCGCCAGCGACCUUUUCCGUAGUACCCUGGCGUUCCAUCCAAAGGUCUCAACAAGUAGUCGGACUAUUCCUCCAUCCACAACACAGCUGCACGCCUUUGGAUUUUUGAAUGGUCUCUUGGAGAGUGGCUCGAAAAAAACGAAAGCAGCCAGUAGUACCAAAGCGUCCGCGCUCAAACAAAAGUUGCUCGCUGCAUGCUCGGAGGACAAGCCGGACAGGUCAAUAAUUGAAGCCACAAUUCAAGAGCUUGAAACGCUUUCACCCGUAACGGCAACUGCUUCUAGUCCCUUGUUACAGAAAAAAUGGGAGAUGAUUUGGACCACCGAAAAAGAAAUCAAUUUUUUCGUAGAACGAGGCUUUUCCAGUAAAAUAUUUCAAACCAUCGACGGAUCUGUUUUGACGAACAACAUUCCUUUCAUUAAGGGCGGAUCCUUUAAUGUGACAGGUAGUCUCUCGGUUCCAGACAUUGAGGGCAUACGGACCGAGUUCACCUUUUCCGAGGCUGCCUUGGACCUGGCCAAGUGGGGUACAUACAAACUACCACCUGUGGGAAAAGGAUGGUUUGACACACUCUAUCUUGACGACACGCUACGGGUGGAUCUCAACAGUCGAAACGAUAUUCUGAUUUGCAAACCUGAUGAAGCAUAAGGAUGGAACAGGAAGUAAAAUGCUUUGACGAAAAAGAAAUCUCGCAUGCGAAUCCAGACUUGCAAAGUUUUGACAGACAGUGACAUGCAACGCAAUCUGAUUCAUUGGCCCAUUGAUGCAAGCCACGAAGAUCGCCUUAUAGGCAGUAAAACCAAGCUAGUAUAAGUUAAUAUCGUUGCUGACGGGGC